CCCCUUUCCCCGCCGCCUUGGCUGCCCCUCCAUGUCCCGCGGGCUCGCCCCCUCUCCCGCCCCGCUCCUGACAGGAUCCCCGGAGGGGGCGGAGCGGCGCCGUGAGGCCCGCGGCCCUGAGGCCCGCCGCCAUGGUCCCCCCGCCGCUGCUGCUGCUGUCGUUGUUGGCGGCCUCCUGCCCCCGCGCCUCGAGUCUCUUCUCCAAGCGCUUCAGGGUCUUCCCCGCUCCCCUUAGCGCGGGGCCCAGCGAGCGCUGGUUCCGCCAGAGGCUGGACCACUUUAACGGGGCGGAGGGACGAGUGUGGGAGCAGCAAUAUUUCAUUAACGAUACAUUCUAUAAAACCGGCGGCCCAGUGUUCUUGAUGAUUGGAGGAGAGGGCCCUGCCAAUCCAGCCUGGAUGCAUCACGGUACCUGGCUAACGUAUGCGGAAAAACUGGGAGCUCUGUGUCUGUUGCUGGAACACAGGUUUUACGGUAAAAGCCAUCCCACCCAGGAUCUGAGUACUUCCAACCUCCACUACCUCAGCAGCCGGCAAGCUUUAGCUGACCUCGCCCACUUCCGAACGGUGAUGGCAGAGAAGCUAGGCCUGGUCGAUAACAAGUGGGUUGCCUUCGGAGGUUCUUAUCCAGGAUCUCUUGCAGCGUGGUUUCGUUUGAAAUAUCCUCAUUUGGUUGAUGUCGCGGUAGCCACCAGCGCACCCAUCUAUGCUGUGAUGAACUUUCCUGAGUAUCUGGAAGUAGUUCAGAAAUCCCUGAGGACGUUUAGAAGAGAAUGCCCAGAAAUCGUAAGAGAGGCAUCAGACACCGUGGUGGAAAUGCUGAAGUACAAGGCAAACUACUUUAAGAUCACAAAAGAUUUCAAUUUAUGUGAACAGCUUCAGAUAAAGUCAAAAAUGGACUCUGCAUAUUUCCUUGAAAGUCUGGCUAGUAAUUUCAUGGAUGUGGUUCAGUACAAUGAAGAUAACAGAGCUUUCGAGGGAGUGAAGGGGACAAAUAUCACUAUCAACGUGCUAUGUGACAUUAUGUCCGAUAUUUCUCUUGGGACACCAUAUGACAGAUACGCAACAGUUGUUCGUCUGUUGCUGAACACUUUUGAAAUGACAUGUCUGGAUGCGAGCUACAGUAAUUAUGUGCAGGAAAUGACUAACUUUUCCUGGGAUGGGCCAGCUGCGACAGGAGGCAGGCAGUGGGUGUAUCAGACUUGCACCGAAUUUGGCUUCUUCCAGAGCACCGAUUCCAAAAAACAGCCCUUCUCUGGAUUCCCUUUGCAUUAUCAUCUUCAGCAGUGUUCGGAUAUCUAUGGCCAAGAAUUCAACAGCACUCUAAUUGCCAAUGCCAUUCGGGACACCAACGAGAAUUAUGGAGGCUUUAAUAUCACGGGCAGCCGAAUUGUCUUUCCAAAUGGCUCAAUUGAUCCGUGGAGUGCAUUAGGAGUCAUCAGUGACAUCAGUAAAGACUUACCAGCUGCUUUCAUCAAAGGUACAGCCCACUGUGCAAUUAUGUACCCUGAACGAACCGAAGAUUCAGCUGAGCUCGUAAAUGCACGAGUACGUGUGUUCAGGUUGCUGCAGAAGUGGCUAAAACAAUAAAUCACCUAGAAAUACAGUCUUGAAGAGAAGCAGAGAUUAUCCUUCCAUCUCAUUGCUUAAAGUCAAAGCCGGCUGAAAGGAUGAAGCUAAGUGAGCCAGCAGAAAAGCAUGGAUGGACAAAAUUUUAUCAGUCACUAUCUAAGUUGGUUUUGACUUUGAGUUUAGAAGGAAUCUCAUGUGGAUUUUUUUUCCAAAUAAAGCUCAGUGGCCAGUCCCCCUGGGCCUCAGCUGUCAAUCAUGCAUACUAAAGGCCAGACUGGAAGCUGGCACAAGGAAGCAAAGCGAUGAGCAGGAGAACAAGCCCAAACGAAUUGUUUCAAAACGAACCCGGUUCGGUUCAAACAACUCUGGUGCUUAUCGAAACCACUGUUCAUUGGAUUGAAUCAAGGCCCUAAAUGUUUAGCAGCAGGUGGGAUCCACUCAGGAUGCCUUUUAUUUUGUGCUGUGCCAUUUAGUUCCUCUGUUAUAAGCAUAAUAUCUCAUAGAGAAUGCACACUGCAGUUUACUUAUAUUUUUUAUCCUGAAUCUAAAAUUCAGAAAAGUCCUAGGAAUUGUUUAGAUAGCAUAAUGAUUUAUUCUAGGGGCAUUUUCAAUCAGUGUUCUAUUUAUGCAUCUAAUAAAUGCUGUUGAAUUAAUUACAGUGGAUGGGGUUUGUUUUAAUGCAGCAAAACUUGUACGUUUACAUUUUUAAUGCUGCAUUUCAAUCUUUCCCCAGUAUUUCCACCAAAUGUAAAAUCUUUGUGCCCAUUUAAUUCGCAACACUUUUCCAGGGUGUAACAAUUGCCAGAUUUUGCGUUUUGAACAACCGGGGGAGUUUAAAUCGGUCAGCGGUAUUCAUUGAAUGCUUACAAGGGGCAGAGCACUGCGAUACGAUGCAGCGGGGUAAGCGGACACAUUCCCUAUCCAAGGUGAGCUGCGGUCUAGAUGACCGUAUCAGGUGCAUCUUCAAAGAAUUAGAAUAUUCUGUAAUUGGAAUUUGUGACAUAUUUAAAUGAUGGGUCCUGUAAUAGUGAUCUCACUGUGCCGUGUCCACUGAGAUUUGCUACAGUAGUAAUAUACUUAUUGAGCAUCUGCUGGGUGCAGAGGAUCGGGAAAUGGAAGAUUGUGAAGGCCUUAGGAACCGGGGACUGUGUCUAACUCUCACUGUGUACUAAGAGCUGGGACACGAGUGAAAAUUAGACACGGUCUCCGGUUUCCGUGGGGCGGAGAAAAAAGACUGAGAGGGGUCUGGUGACCGACGCGUAAAGGAAGGCGAAGUGAAACACAGAAACGGCCUAAAAGAUAUGGAAAAUUAUAAACAUCAAAACAAACAGAGCAAAUUAGGACGUUAGAGGAGCAGAGUUUUAAGCUGCUCAAGGCUCAGACUCCAUUGAUCCCAGCCAGAGCCAAAGUAACUGCUCCCGCUCGGCCACCUCAGCGGCCACCGGCUUCCCGUCGGGGCCACCGCUCCGGGCUUCCCAUCCCACUGGCGCAGAGCAGGCCGGGGUGACGUUUGGGGAUGGCACAGAGCGGGGACGGAGGGAGUGACCGGCAAUGGAACUCGUUGGAUGGUAGACCAAGACCACGCACCUCCGGGGGUUUUGCCCUUUCCAUCCCGGAGGAAUCCCCUCUGCUCUUGCCUGUAGGAACAAUUUUCUUCCCUUCCUCAGUGCUACAAUGGAGCGCAUUUUCAGUCGAUCAUUUAUUGAGCAUUCUGUGUGUGCAGAACACUGUACUAAGCGCUUGGGAGAGUACAGUAUAACAGAAACAGUCCCUGCCCACAAGGAGCAUAUAUUUAGUCUACAGUGACUGUAGUGGAGAGAUUUGUGGGGUUUUUUUGGUUCUAUCCCGUGGAGAAUUGUUCAUGAGGAGGGUUGUCCCAUUUCCCUCAGCUAGGCAAAACGUAUUACUGGCAUAAUACUGGAGUCAUCUAGAAAUAGAAAGGUAUUUAAUGCUGCCUUAAUUUUCACCAUUUGGGCUCACAGUUGUGUGAAAAUAGUGAAUGUUUUCAGUGCCACUCCCUCGUUUCCAGUUGCUCCACUUGUGAGAAAAAUUGCGGUGUAAAAUGAGGAGAUGCAAGCUACUUCCACAGUAUUUUUAUUAGCUGUGUGUAGUUUUUCAUUGUCACUGUGUACAUUUAUUAAUUAAGGAUCUAUAUUAGAAAAAUCAAUACAAUUAUGGAGAAAAAUCAUUUUCAUUUAUCAAGUGACAAGGGUUCAUUGUGAAUGCUAUUGUCAGGUAAUUUUUCUGCUUAAUUUGACUUUGCAUCUCUGAGUAGUAAUAUACCUAAUAAAGAAGUUUGUUAUGAAGAAAA